UUUCCGGACACAGUUAAAUCCAGUGUUAAAGACGCUCGAGUGAUUGUUACUCUGUGAGACGAAUAAAAUAUUAAAUACAAUGAAUAAAUUCGUGUUACUCGGACUCUUUGUUGCUUCGGCAAUGGCUGUACCGAUGCCAGAUAAUACGGGUAAAGUUGAUUGUUUGGAGAUGGAGGAUUCUCUGUUCAGUUGUCUGGCUGUCAAAGCAAAUAAUGCCCUGUCAAGAGCUGCCAGGUCCAGCGACAUUCAACUUAUUUCGGGAAUUACUUUCGUCCGUGACACACCGAUGGAGCGCUCCGGAAAAGCCCUGAAGACCGAGACCGAAGUGCUGAACGAACUUCCCCGGGAUUCCUCCGACAGAACCAUGAAAUUACUGUCAAUGCUGUAUGAUUCGGCUGUCUCCUUCUUCAAGAGCCACAGUCUCAAGAUCAACAUGCCGGAGGAGUCGGUCUCCCGUGCCCUCAUCGAAGACAUUUUCCCAGGUCGUGGCAAGAUCAAGAAGGUCGUGCUCCCCCUGAUCGCCGCAGCAGGUCUGAAAAUCCUCGCCCUUGUACCAAUUCUCUUCGGUGGACUCGGUCUUCUCGUCCUGAAGGCCCUCGUCGUCGGCAAAGUUGCCCUCCUCAUCGCUGGAAUCCUCGCCUUCCAGAAGCUCUUCGGUAGUGGCGCCAGUGGCUUUGGUGCAUCCAAUCUCUUCAAGAACGUCCAGCCGUCUUCAUCUUUCUACGACAACAACGCUGGCGCCCAGGGUUGGGCCGCUGGUAAUGGCCAACAGCAGCAGCAGGGAUACUACCAGAGGAGUUUUGAUGAUGGAAAAACCGCUCAGAGUCUAGCCUACUCCGCUCACGUUCCCACUGAGACUGACUAAAUUCAUUUUUAUAUUAAAAUCGACGUCAGGACAGAUUCAAAGAGAAUGAUCACGUGAGGAGAAAAGAUCUUAUGGUGUCACUCGGCUUCGGAGGGCCACCUUCACGACUGCUAGCAUUAGUAUUUAUGAGUAUAUUUAUUUAUGCUAAAAAAUGUGCGGAUUUGAGUAUGUAAUUAAAUUAUUGCCAUCGAAAUAAAUUAUUUCU